AUGUCUUCUUCUAGACAACCAUCAAUUCGGUUGGCGCACUCAACACAAUCACGACUCUCGAGGACAUCUUCCAGAUCGUCACGACGAGUUGCAGUCGCAGCAGAAGCCGCUGCAUUACAAGAAGAGCUUACAGCCCAGAAGCUUCAAAAUGAACGGGAAAAGGAGCUCGAAAGAAUGGAACUUGAGGAAGAAAUGAGGAGGAAGCAAGUAGUUUUCAAAAUGUCCGAGCUGAAAAGACAACUAGAAGAGGAAAGACUACAAGGCAAGCUCAAGGCACAAGAAGCAAUUAUGAGAGUCUACGAUGAAGAAGAUGGAACCAGCACAGUCUCUUCUUCAUCCUCGCGUGGAGGUAAAACUGUUGUCAAAAAGAUCGAAGAUCAGCCAAAUCCAACUGAUGUGAUCCCAAGGGCAUCUCCCAAGUUAGAAAGCAAAUUGAUUGAUGAACCAGCCUCCAUCGUGUCACAGCAAGCGCAAGUAGUGCUUGAUCCCCAAGCUCCGAUGUUCCAGCCAAGAUCACCAGUUUUAGAUCUCGCUGAUGCCUUGGCUCAGAGUCGUCUACCCGUUCCGGAGCCGCCAAUAUUCACUGGAGACCCACUCCAAUAUCCAGAUUGGGUGUCGGCUUUCACUACUCUGGUAGAGCGAAGAGGCAUCCCUCCUGGUGAAAAAAUUCACUACCUUCGAAGGUAUCUUGGUGGUCCAGCAAAGGAGGCAGUCAGUGGCUACUUUCUCCUGAGGUCAGAAAAUGCAUUUGAGCAAGCAAAGAGCACCCUUCAAAAGAGGUUUGGCAAUCCAUUUGCUAUUGCUGAAGCCUUUCGGACAAAGUUGGAUGUGUGGCCCAAGAUAACCAGCAAGGAUCACAAUGGGCUGCAGCGGUUUGCAGACUUCCUUCAACAGUGUCUGGUAGCCAAGGCUGAGAUUGUCGAUCUCAACAUUCUGGAUGAUAUACGAGAGAUCAACCGAAUGGUUGCUCGACUACCAGAUCAUAUCGUCCAUAGAUGGAAUCGCUCGGUGGCACAGACAAAAAGGGAGCGACUUUGUUAUCCUAGGUUUGCUGACUUCGUUUCUUUCAUUGGGAACGAAGCAGACAUUGCUAAUGAUCCUCUGCUCACUGUGGAUGUUGGCAAGACUAGAGAGAGAAAACAGGAAACCGCAGUCUCAAAACGGGUAACCCUCUCUACGUCUGGCUCAACUUCACAGAAGCAAUGUCUGUUGUGCAAGAGACAAAAUCAUUCCCUGAAUGACUGUCGGGAAUUCCUUCGGAAAGACAUGUCCCAGAGAAAGGAUUUCAUCAAAAAUGAAAGACUUUGCUAUGGCUGUCUUGAAAAAGGCCAUAUGUUUAAAUAUUGCCAAAGCAGACUGGUCUGCAAGAAGUGCAGUAAAAGGCAUCCAAGCUGCCUUCAUGAGGACCAAAGAGAUUCGAACAAGGCCAACUUGGCAUCAAGCCAACCGAAGGAAGCUCAAACCGCAUCGACCUCAAAUCCUCAAGCUGUAACGCACAAAGUACAAGGCGAUGAACGUAGUGACCUUACAUCAAUGAUUGUGCCUGUGUACCUUUCUAGUACAGAGAGGCCUGACAAGGAGGUUCUAGUGUAUGCACUACUAGACUCCAUGUCAAACACCACCUUCCUUUCCGAAGAUGUCGGCCAAGACCUGGAUGUACAAUCCCAGCCUGCCACAUUGUCGUUGACAACUUUGACAGAUGAGAUAUCGAUCUCAACCUUCAAGUAUGACAAUCUUCGUGUCAGAGGUUUUUAUUCGUUGGAGAAAAUUUGUCUACCCUCCACAUUUACUAGGCAGUCUAUCCCUCUGGACGACAGUCAUAUCCCGACUCCAGAAACUGCCUCCAAGUGGCCUCAUCUCGUGUGUGUGCAGGAUAUGAUAGCGCCAAAACAAGACUGUCCUGUCGGUCUUCUGAUUGGCUACAAUUGUGCACAGGCCCUUGCUCCUCUGACGUCAGUCCGAGGCCAAAAUGGUGAGCCGUAUGCUGUCCAAACAGACCUUGGUUGGAGUAUUGUUGGAGGUCAGUCUGACUUGUCCAACAGCUUCGAUUCGUUUGGCCACACAUACAGGACAGUCAGCAUGAAGGUAGAGGCCCCGAUCGAUAUCAAGAAGGUGACAUUCGCUUACCAGUCUCCCUUAAAGGAAGCGACUGCAUCGGAUUUCCUUCAGCUCAUGGAAAGGGACUUCCAAGAAGCUGAACAAGCUGAUGCAAUGUCACAAAAUGACAAAAAAUUCAUUCAAGUUGUCACCGAAGGUUUACGCCAGAGAGAGGAUGGGUUCUAUGAGAUGCCUCUUCCAUUCAAGAAAGGACCGCCAUCUCUUCCGAACAAUCGACAGGCUGCUUUGGGUCGAUUAGCAGGUCUCAAGAAACAGUUCCUGAAGAAACCUGAAUAUCACAGUCACUACAAGGUAUUCAUGAAGGAGAUCUUGGCACGCGGUGAUGCAGAGAUGGUCGGUGAUAGUAGUGACAAAGGCUUGUGGUAUAUUCCUCACCAUGGGGUAUAUCACCCUAAGAAGCCUGGCAAGGUCAGGGUUGUAUUCGAUUGUAGCGCCAGGUAUCUUGGGACAAGCCUCAAUGACCAUCUCCUGCAAGGCCCUGACUUGAUUAAUCCUCUCAUCGGUGUCCUGUUGAGAUUUCGCCAAGGUCCUGUGGCAUUCAUGUGCGAUGUGGAGAAGAUGUACCACCAGUUUAAGGUUGCAGAUCCACAUCAAAACUAUCUGCGUUUCUUGUGGUGGGAGGAUGGGGAUCUCUCCAAGACCCCAGUAGAUCAUAGGAUGAAGGUCCACCUCUUUGGGGCAACCUCAUCUCCGGGCUGUGCCAACUUUGGCUUAAAACAGAUUGCGGAGGACCACAAGAAACUCGGUGACCGUGCAGCCAACUUCCUCAAGAGGAACUUUUAUGUCGAUGAUGGCCUAAAAAGCAUGUCUUCUGAACAGGAAGCAGCUGUGCUAAUCAAGGACGCAACUCAAAUGUGUGCUAAAGGCAAUCUACGUCUGCACAAAUUUGUGUGCAAUAGCAAGGACGUAACCAGCACCAUUCCAAAAUCGGAACGUGCCACUGUCACGAAUGCAAGUGUUCAGCUAGGUGAACAAACCUCACCAAUCGAAAGAGCUCUUGGGCUUCAGUGGUGCGUCAGUUCUGAUGAGUUCUGCUUCCGACUUACUCUGAAGGAUCAACCCCUCACUCGACGAGGUAUUCUAGCUACAGUUGCGUCUGUAUAUGAUCCCCUUGGUCUCAUUGCACCAGUUGUCCUUGCUGGCAGAAUGAUUCUGCAGGAAAUGUGCAAACAAAAGAUGGAUUGGGAUCAUCCCGUUCCUGACUAUCUUCGGACAAGAUGGGAAAUAUGGAGACAGGAGAUCCUGAAGCUAGAAACUGCAAAGAUUCCUCGCUGCUUCCAGCCCAAAGAUUUCGGAGAGGCUGAGGAAGUGGAAUUGCACCACUUCUCAGAUGCCUCAUUAUCUGGAUAUGGACAAUGUUCAUAUGUCAGAUUACGAAAUCAAAGGGGACAAGUCCACUGCUCUCUUGCCAUGGCAAAGGCGAGAGUAGCACCGCUCAAGCAGUCUACCGUCCCCAGACUGGAGCUUCAGGCAGCAACCUUAUCUGCCAAGGUUGCAAAAAUACUGAAUAAGGAGCUAGACUACAGCUCAGUCAAGAAUAUCUUCUGGACCGACUCCAAGGUUGUUCUGGGUUACCUGUACAACCAGUCUAAGCGCUUCCACAUGUUCGUUGCGAACAGAGUGGAUUGUAUUCUGAGAACCACAAGUUGUAGUCAGUGGAAUUAUGUUACUAGCGGUGAUAAUCCAGCUGACUACGCAUCACGUGGACUGACAACAGAGGAACUUCUUUCGUCAAACUGGUUAGGAGGACCAGACUUCCUUUGGGAAAGUGAAGUUGCUAAGCAAGAUGUCACACUAGAGGUUUCUCCUGACGACGUUGAUCGACAGUACAUACAGUAA